UCAGAAGCUCAGUUUCCCUGUCUGGAAGAGAGUUAAGGGCUUCAAACAGAUUGAGUGUAUUUGUAGGUCAGACUGGGAAGUAAAGGGCAAUGGCUGCUUUCAGCUGCUUAAAGACAUAAUUGCUCAAUUAUUGUGAAAAGGAACCGGGGAGCAGAGUAUUCAAACAGUGUACUGCUGGGUUGCAAAUUGGUCUUUUUCCUGUGUUGGAUGUUGCCAUUCAAAGGAGUCUCAUCAUGAUCGAUAGCUCCAAGAAGCAGCAACAGGGCUUUCCAGAGAUUUUACCUACUGGAGAUAUUGAGACAUUGAAAGAAAAGGAAUGUCUUGAGGUGAACAGCCAGAAAAGUCUCAAGGAAGGUCAGUUACCUGCUGUUUGGGGGGCAAAAAAAUGCAGACAUGCGACAGUAAAUUCAGUCUUACUUCAGCUUAGGCUGCAGCAAAGACGGACAAGAGAACAGCUGGUGGACCAGGGCAUCAUGCCACCUUUGAAAAGCCCAGCUGCAUUCCAUGAGCAGAGAAAGAGCUUGGAACGAGCCAGGACUGAAAAUUUUCUGAAGCACAAGAUUCGCAGCAGACCAGAUCGAUCAGAAUUGGUCAGAAUGCAUAUUCUGGAAGAGACAUUUGCAGAACCCUCACUGCAGGCAACUCAGAUGAAACUGAAGAGAGCUCGGCUGGCAGAUGAUCUGAAUGAGAAGAUUGCUCAGAGGCCUGGCCCUAUGGAACUGGUGGAAAAGAACAUCCUUCCUGUCGACUCCAGUGUUAAAGAAGCAAUUAUAGCAGUUGGACAAGAGAGUUAUCCCCAAGCUUUGGAUGAUUACUCAUUUGAUGAAGACAGCAGUGACGCUUUAUCUCCAGAUCAGCCUGCUAGCCAGGAAUCCCAGGGUUCAGCAGCGUCUCCUGGUGAACCAAAAACAAGGGACUCGCCAUCAUCAGUCACACCGAACACUACUUCUACUACACAGCAGUAUCUCUCAUUAACUUCUGCAGUCCCUGAAUUCCUGAAGCCUGCCCCCACCACCGAGCAGCACACUAUACACUCUACAACUACUGCUACUACUCUGACCACAACUACUCUAUCUGCAGCAAAGCCUGGGCCAACUUUGGUAAAGCAAAGCCAUCCCAAGAACCCAAAUGACAAGCAUCGGAGCAAGAAAUGUAAAGAGCCUAAGCCUAGGGUAAAGAAGUUGAAGUACCAUCAAUAUAUCCCACCUGAUCAGAAGGGCGAGAAGAACGAGCCACAGAUGGACUCCAAUUAUGCUCGUUUGCUACAGCAACAGCAGCUUUUUUUGCAGCUGCAGAUCCUGAGCCAACAGCAACAACACUACAGCUACCAGACAAUUCUGCCUGCACCGCUCAAACCCCUCAGUGACAAACAGAACAACAACGGGAAUAUACCACUGACUACUUUGAGCAGCAGCGCACCUACGUCGGUAGCCUGCACACCAAGACAGAACAGUAAUAUUCCCAGCAGGAAACCAGGACCGCUUCCUUCAAGCUUGGAUGACCUGAAGGUAGCUGAACUGAAGAUGGAAUUGAAAUUAAGGGGAUUGCCAGUGUCUGGAACGAAAACAGAUCUUAUUGAGCGUCUGAAACCCUACCAAGACCUUAAUAAUAAUAGUGUCAAUACUAAUAAAGUGGUUGCAAUAACCACUUCUACUGGUGUCAUCAGUAACACAGGGGAGGUAACUGUGACAUUCCCUGUUACAACAUUAAAUAAAUCAGUAGGGAGCUUUCCUUCAGAAACAUCGUCUGCUGGAACUGGCUUCAAAUUAGCACAUACUGAAAGCAUUAGCUCCCCUUUGCCCAUUUCACCAUCUUCUUCAGAACAAUCAAGUCUAAGCACAGAUGACACAAACAUGACAGAUACUUUCACAGAAAUGAUGACCAUGAUGUCACCAUCCCAGUUCUUAAGUACUUCACCUCUAAGAGUGACUGUGAAUGAAGACAGUCUGAGUCAUGCUAGUAGAAGCAUCUCAAGCAUGGAGCUUGAUGCAGCAGAAAAGGACCGCAAGCUUCAAGAAAAAGAGAAGCAGAUUGAAGAGCUCAAAAGGAAACUGGAACAAGAACAGAAACUUGUGGAAGUACUGAAAAUGCAACUGAAGGUUGAAAAACAGGGUCAGCAGCAGCAAUCCCAGACUCCUGUUAACUCCAUAACUAUGUUGGAUCAGAAACAACUAAAUGCUGCUAUCAAAGAUGAAAACACUCUCACUGAUUGCUCUAGUCCAAGGCAACCAGUAUCUGUAACCAGCCAUUCUUUAGGACAGCCAGUGUCUACUGGUGGCCAGAACCUAGUUGCUAAAAAGGCUGUCAUUAUCAAGCAGGAGGUACCUUUGGCCAAAGCUGAACCACAGAAUGUAAUCUCUCAAUUCUAUGUGAGUUCACAGAGGCAGCCACAAACUGCAGUUGUUGCCCAGCCUCAAGCUUUACUAACUACCCAUGGAUCAACACAGUUGCUACUCCCACUGUCUAUCCAAGGACCAAAUUCAGCCACUUCAGUGCAGCUACCAGUGGGCAAUAUACAGCUACAGUCACAAGCAGGAAUUCAGGCUUCAUCACAAGUAUCUGCACCUGUUUCAUCUUCUGGUCCAGUUCAGACAGCAGCACAGAUGCAUGGUCCACCAUCAAAACAAAAUACUGUCACACAGUAUGUGCUCAGUCAGGCCCAACAAAUCAGAAAGGUUUUCCCACCUAAUACAUCAAAUACAGUAUUUCCCUAUCAAAAUCCACCUGUUAAAACACUACAACAGCCUUUUAUCAAUAAGGCAUUAAACACUAGCCUUGAUGCUGGGAAGAACCAGGUUCCCUCAGUGCAAAACGGACCCAAUAAGCCUGACUCACCCUCGGAGUCCCAACCAUAUAUCAUACAACACACUCUAUUCAGCAAUCCAGGAACCAAGACAAAAGACCCUCCACGUUAUGAAGAGGCCAUAAAACAGACCCGCAACAUGCAGGCAUGUCAGCGAGAGAUUUCAAAUGCACACAGUCAACAGAUGGAUGAUCUCUUCGAUAUCCUCAUUAAGAGUGGAGAGAUUUCCCUCCCUCUAAAAGAGGAACCAUCUCCCAUUUCCAAAAUGAGACCAGUUACAGCCAAUAUCACCACAAUGCCAGUGAACACAGCAGUAUCUCGCCCUCCACCACAAGUCCAAAUGGCACCUCCUAUGUCUUUAGAACCAACAAAUAGUUUAUCGAUAAGUUUGGAGAAUCAACUUGAAGCUCUCUUGGAUGGACAUUUACCUUCAGGUAAUGAAAUUCCUCAACUAGCAAGCAGUAGCGAGGACAGAGAAUCAUUUUCUCUGAUUGAAGAUCUUCAGAAUGAUCUGCUUAAUCACUCCAGCAUGCUUGAUCAUGCUCAUUCACCCAUGGAAACAGCUGACCAACAAUUCACUGCUAAUAGUUCCUGUUUAUCUCUUGACCUUCCUGACACAAAUUUAGACAAUAUGGAGUGGUUAGACAUUACCAUGCCCAAUUCCUCAUCAGGGCUUACUCCUCUGAGCUCUACUGCCCCAAGUAUGUUUUCCACUGACUUUCUAGAUCCACAAGACCUACAGUUGCACUGGGAUUAAGCUAUAGAGGUACAGCAGAUGAAAACUUCACUUUAUCUGUUUACAGUAUAGGUCCUUUGACACUAUUCUGAUUGCAAAUAAGGUAAAUUACCACAGAAUGAUUGGGAAGGAGAAAUGCUUGAUGCUAAUUCUGCAUUUAUGUUCAACUAUACAAGUAAGUUUCUUUACCCUUCUAUUAAUAAUGCAGAUCAGAGCCAUCUGGGAAUUAUACUUCACAGGUCGAGAGAAUGAUUGUAGUUAUUGAUGGAAAAGUACCACCAAGAAGAAAGCAGUGUAUAUAGGAAAUAGCAUUGAGAUACCUUCAUAAUGCUCAAACGAACUGCAAAAUGUGUGGUCAUUUGAUUAGACUUUAAACAGAAGAAAAAUAGUGCAAUCAGAUUUCAACCUACUGUACCAAUAAAGAGUAAACAUUGUUUGAGGGAAGGUAAGAUAUCUCUGCACUUGAUUGUUCCUGUGGACAGCCUGAGCCAAGAUCAAGAGGCAUUGUAAGGGCAAAGGCAACUAAGAGCACUGGCUGGUUCAGUGAAAUUUCACUAGUCUAGAGUCUUUAAAUUUGUUCAAGUUGUUUUUAUAUUUUAUUUUCUGUGACUUUUAGAAAAUUCCUCUUACUCUUUCAUUUUUAAAUCCUGAAGGAAGAACUGCAUCCAAAGGGAUAUUUUAAAUGUAAUUGCACACAAUCCACUGUAGCAAGGCCAGGUAUAUUGAGAACACUGAAUUUUCUAUAGCAACACUUUGGAUUUAUUAGAUAUGUGUAUAUCAGACAGUUAUUUGUAUACUUUUUACCUUUGUGACUUGUACAGCUUAUUUUUGUGGAGGCAGAGUAGCAGUGGUCACCAAACCAAUAGACUACAGUAUUCUAUGAAUAUUUAAUAUCCAAGUUUACUUCCAUUGUUUCAGAGACUAUUUGCUAGAGACAUUCAUCUAACCAAAUAUCUCAAAGAAUCAUUUCAGGAUAUUAAAAUGUUUACAGGACAAUACAAGAGGAGUUCCAUGUGAUUCUUGUAGGCCCUGAUCUUGCAAACAUUUAUGGACAUGAGUAAGACAUGCUGACCUCAAUUAAAAUUUUUGCAGGAUCAUGGUCAGAAUACAUAAGAUGUACACAAGAUAGUGACACACCGACUCCCUAACCCCUGAACAUCUUAGGUAAAGAGCAAUGAAAAAAUAGAAAAGCUUCAAGAUGUAAAAUUCAACACUAUUAAGGAUUAAUGCUUCAGAAUAGAUGACUGUAGCAAAAAAACAGUAGUUAAUUGAGGGCAUGCUGGAUGGGUAGCAAGGGGGUUGUCAUUUGUUACUGCAUGCCCAUAAUUUGCUCCUUGUAGAAUUUCUAACUUUUUAGAAACUAACAUGAAAAUACUUUGAAAAACAAACCAGAAUGCAAAUAAGAAUUAAAUAUUCUAGAACUCUAUUUUAUUUCUCAUACAAUAACUUUAACAGUAUUGCUGUAACUAAUACAUACAUAUUCCCACAACAUUAAGAUCAGAAAUAAAGCAAUUUCUGGGCUGAAAAUGGGUCUCAGUUCAGAAACAAUUGUUUUUUCAGUUUAAAAAAUAACAUUUAGCAAGUGAUUAGUGCACAGUGUGGUGUUAAAGCUUAUGCCAUUUUGCAGAGGUAAACUGAUAUCAAAGAAAUGCUGGAAACAAACUAAAAGUGGCUGCUGUUAACUGUACAGUAACCAUUUUAAUAAGCAUACCAAAAUGAACUUUCAAAAUGGCUGUUAGUCCAAAUUCUUAUAACUUCCUAAAUUACCAAUCAUGAAGUGUGAGCCAUUAGUUCUGCUUGGGCAGAGUUCUGUUAACUAAGUAUAAACAUAGAAAUCCAGACUAAUGGAUUACAUUGCAGACUUGGGGACUAUAUUAGCAUCUGUACUUUUUGGGAUAGAGCCAAUCAACAUUUUAAAACUAAUUACAUAUCUUGAUAUGAAAUGUUUGCAAACACUUCAUAAAUGGCCACGCUUAUCAAGAUGCCAUAUCAUACAUGUAGUUUGGUUUUAAACAAACAUUCUAAGAAAAUAUCAGUCAUAUUAACAAAAAAAGAAAUUCAAAGUUAAGGGAUAGGAUGCUAUCCUUAUUCCUCACUGUUGUGCCUAGAUACUGCCAGAAGUAGUUGUGCAUACAAUACUUGGGUAUAAUGUUACAUAAGGACUGUCUGCCUUAAGAUUUGAUUGUCUUGGCUUUGGUAUUAUACAUACUGUUACUUAUGUGUAGUAUUUUGCUUUUAAUAUUGAUGAAUAGAGUAGGGUUCUUCAGACAAUAAAUGAACAAAUACCCUGACCUUUACCCAUUCCACUUGGCGACACGCUCUGUGGGGGGUGAUCCUAUGAGGUGCUAAGUGCCUAGUCUGAGCGUUAAAGGCACUCAGCACCUUGGAGGAAUAGGUGCUUGGUCUGGUAGCUAGACCUGUGUAUGUAAUUUAUAUUGUUCUACGCUACUAUGUUAGUAUAUUAUGUAUGAUAUUGUACUAAAAAUGUGCAGUGUGAAAUGUGACACCAGACCAAAGAUGGUAGUAACAAAAUGGCCCCUUUUGUCUUUGCCUUCUGUUUAAAUGUGAUGAAGGUGAUUUUAACUCAAGUCAGUUUUCUAGUUGAGGAAAGAAUUUUUUUGAUGUGCAUGUAAAUAUAGCUUCAUGCUGGCAAUAUUGUAUAGUAUAUUGCUAUACAAAUACCCUUAUUGGCAAUGUAGAAUGUUAACAAACCCAUAGGAAUCUGUGUGCAGAAAAAAAAUCCUAUACAUCUAAAAUAUGCUGAUACCAGUACAGAAUUGCUUUCUACUCAUAUUGGCUCAAUUCAUGUAAAACUAAGGGAUUAUUAUACCUGUCCUUGAAACAAAAAUGUGAUUUUGUACAAUUCAAAAUUACUUGUAUUGUAAAACCUUACACACACACAAAUAUAGAUAUACAUAUGUUUGCUUUAAAGUGUAUGUUGUGAAAUGUGCUACAAUAUUUGCCAUAUUCAUACAUACCUGGCAUUGUGGAAAAUUUCUUGUGCAUGUUUUAAAUGAUCGUUUUUGUAAUAUAAAAAAGACAAAUCUUUAACAAUGACUGUACAGACUUGUGACUGCUACCACUAGAGUGGUAUUUCUCAUUGUGAGAACAGUUGCACUUGCAAAAGAAUGCACUGAUACCAAAUUCACCAAGCUAGCUAAAGUAGACUAACAAAACAUGGUUCCUGUGAACUGUGCUGUUAGUGGAUGGUAACAUCACAAUUAAGGAUACCAUUUUUAUCACUAAAUUUACCACAGAAACAAUUUUUCUUCUGCACUUCUAGUGCCCUUACUGAGGCAUAUAAGUUUACAAGAUACCCUUAUAUGCCAUUUUUCUUGCACACUAAACAGUUGAUUAUCCCGGUCAUAAAUUUAAAAGGCUUUUGAAGGGCAGAAUUUAUGGCAAUUGUUCUCUGCACAACUUUAGGAUCCAAUCCUGAAACCUGAACUUGCAACAGUGAGGGUUUUCAGAAUCAGGUUUUUAAAGAACGAAGUGCCACAGCAUUUAGGAAGAACUUCCUACUCCUAUGCUGAAAUCUUUUUUAAACAGUUAUUAAAACAUAGUUAGUUCACCAAGGUAACCUUAAGGUAGGUAAGCAGGUAUAUAAAACAAGCAACAUAUGGAUGUUUUCUAUUGGUAUUUGCCUAUCUGCCAAUAUACAACACACAUCUCGUAGGGCUGAAAAUUGUAACAGGCAACAUAAUUGAUAACCCAGCACAAGCUGUCUAACUGCUUUAAAGGUCACAAAAGACGACUCACUGUAAUCACAGAAUACUUUAACUGGAAGGGCCUUGUAAAGCUGACUGAUGCACCAUCAUUUAUUUGGAUUGCAUCCUAAUUUUUUUUAAACUGGAAAAUAAAUAAAUAAAUAUUAGGACAUAGUGCCACAGAAUUCUGAAUAAAGAACCCUUAAAUGCUGAAACACUUUAUACAGUUGUAGAACUGUUAAAUUUUUAAAUCUGUUUUCCUAUCACUUUUCUUAUCAAUCAAAUAAACAUAGCUGUAAAGAGAUUAAGUGGAACAUGCAUAAGAGGAUCAUUAUCUGAGCUCUCAAAUCUAAUUAACCUGUAUGUUUGAGCAACAGUCCCCUUUUACAUCAAGUUGUUAAAUGUAAAAGGAAAUUGGAAGCAAGCAUUGAAGUUCAUGCAUCAGUGCAGUUCCACAUUAGAAAAGGAGAGACUGCAUUCUGCAGUGUCUGAGUUUGAAUGCAAGGAAUUUUCUUAUCCAGUGUGUAAAACGUAGCUUUAGAAAUCUAGCAGUCAUCAUGGUAACUGUUUGAGGGCUAUGUUUCAGCAAAGAAUAGGAACAAGUACAUCUUUAUACUACAGUGUAACAACUGUGAUUUUUUAGGUAAGACUACUGCUUAAAUAAUCAAAAGGAGAUACACAGCCUCAAAUAAAAUAAUAGGAACCAAAGCAUUGUCAUUUAUAUUGCCAAAGGAGGCAUUUUGUAUUUUAAAGGAAAAAAGUCAGUCCCAAAAGGUAUUAUCCACUUACUUAAUUAUACUUAUUAAAAAUUAAGGAUGUAGAUAUUUCUGAAGUUGUUUUUGAUGUUAACAGCACACAUUUGUUGUUUUGUUUGAGAAAUUGUAUUAAGUAAUAUCUGGUUUCUCUCUUCAUUGUUGCUUGCAGUAGAAAUAAUGCUUAUUGUGAUAGGUGUUUCUCUUCUUAUUUUCAUAGUCACAAUUAUGUCUUAGCAUCUCACUUUAUGAAAAAAGAAGAAAGAUACUAAUCUGUAGAGCCCUCUUCAUUUAAGCACUAGUUUAUUAAAUAAAAAUUAUGGCAAUCAGGAUGUCCAUUUAUGUUUGCCUUUCUAGAAGAAACCAUGAUGCCUUUGUAUUUGCUGUUUGCACCCCUGAGAUAAAUUCCAUAUCUUUGAAUGCCAUAUGUUUUGCACAUUGUACUGUAUAUAUGUAAUGCAUACUGUAUUUUUAUAUGUGUAGUACAUUUAACAAAUAUUUUGUACAUAGUGGCAACAUUGUAGCUACUGAGGAAAUGUCUGACAUCAGCAUUUUUGCUAUGUGUCUCAAAUAAAAAAAAGAAACUGUGUA